UCCAAAUGGCCUAACACUCACGCAGGGCAUCCAGGUGAUGCUGUGGGCCGUGGUCAUCGGUUUCAGCGCGGCUUGCGUGCUUUACCGUUUCGAGUGGACACGCGGCACGAGGCACAGCGAGCUGGCAAAGGUGUUGCUGGCCUUUUGGGAUCGAACACUCUGGGCUUUAAUCCUGGCGGUAUUCACCUUCCUCCUAGCUACCGGAAGAGGAGGCUUUGUACAAAAAACGCUCUCGGCUGCUCCACUGGCGGUGCUGAGCAGGCUCUCCUACGGCAUCUACCUCGUCCACUUCCCGUUCUACUUUCUGUGGAAGAGCGCCGUGAGGGAGAAGUUGUACUUCAGCAAGUUCAAUUUGUUCUCCGAGAGUGUGUCUGUGUUUGUCUGGAGCUGCAUGCUCGCGCUGGUUGUGUUCCUGGCCUGCGAGGCUCCCGUUGGUCGCCUGGACAAGAUCAUGUGGGGCAAGUCCACGCAGAAAAAGAAAGGAGAGCAAAUCAACGGACGACACGACCUGGAGCUCCCCACACGUCACGGUGAAGCGCCGCAAGACACGCAUCAGCAGUGAUAAAUAAAAAGAAAUAACGCCCACCUUAUGCACAGUGUGCAUACAUUGUCUUCGUGGCGAUCACUUCGGAAGCGCGUUGUUUCGACUCACUGCACCAUGAAGUAUGGCACAGAGCUUCGUCUGGCGCAGUGACUCAGCACAUCCUUCUGCCGAGCCCGAGGUCCCGGACUCAGCCUGCAACCACGGUGUUCGCAUUCUGCAUGAUAGCGCUGACAUGAGGACUAUCGUGUAUUUCAGAGCUGAGCGCGCGUCAAAGAGCUCCAAG